ACUAAACUUUUGACUCAGUAUGUUCUCAACUUGGCCAAAUACGACCAGAACUACGACAUCCGUGACCGGGCACGCUUCGUUCGUCAGCUCAUUGUACCCACUGAAAAGAGUGGAGCCCUCAGCAAGUACGCUAAAAAGCUGUUCCUGGCCCUCAAACCAGCGCCGGUUCUUGAGUCUCCAUUCAAAGAUCGAGACCAUUUCCAGUUGGGCUCUCUCUCCCACCUGCUCAAUGCCAAAGCUGGUGGCUACCAGGAGUUGCCUGAGUGGCCUGAAGCAGCCCCUGACCCCUCCGUGCGCAACGUGGAGGUGAAGGAGUCUGUGUUUACGCUGCUUGAAAGAGUCACAACUUUAACGAGCGUGCCUGAAUGGACCAAAUGCAGCAGCCGGGAGAAGAGGAAGGAGAAGAAAGUGGAGAAGCCUUUCUACUCCGACUCAGAGGGAGAAUCUGGGCCGACAGAAUCCGCUGACAGCGAGUCGGACUCUGCAAGCACCACGGACAGCGCCAGCGCCAGUGUCAGCGAGGAGAGCGAGUCAGGUUUGGAGAGUGAGAGUGAGGAAGAGUCUGAGACUGAGGAAGAGGAGGAAGAUAAGAAGGAAAAGAAAAACCAAAAAAAAGAACCAAAGAAGCCAGUGCAAGAAAGUGAAAGUGAACAAAGCAGUGAAGAAGAAGACAGGAAGCCUGAGAAAAGGAGUAAAAAACUAAAGAGUGACUCAGAGUCAGAUUCUGUCGAAGAUGAAGGGAGUGAGUCUGAGAGCAGCCCGUCAGAGUCUGAAGACUUUGAGUCUGAAGCAGUUGUCACAAAGAAAAAAAAGGCAGCUGAAUCUAAACCUCCGUCCAAAUCCGUCAGGAAGGAGGAAAAAAAAGAGAAGAAAGAAAUGUCUUUGCUUGACCUUGAUGAUUUUGAACCCACUCCCUCGCCUCAAGUCACACCCGUGAACACCUUACUGUCCAACAGCCUUGCGACGGACUUGGAGGGAUUGUCUCUGUCCGACUCCAUCCUUUCACCAGCUACUAUAAUUCCCUCCGGUGCACUGAAGAACUACGAGCUGCUGCACCGCAUCACUGGGGAGGGUCUGUCAGUGGAGUACUGCUUCAGCCGGCAACCAUUCAGCCCCGAUGCCAACAUGGUGGCUGUGCAGCUGCAGUUUACAAACAACUCCACAUCUGACACCAAGAACCUUCACAUGGAGGAUGUGAGACUGCAGUCAGGGAUGAGGGUGAAAGAGUUCCCAGAGAUUGAGUUGCUUCCAGCUGGUGAGAUGACCUCAGCAGUGAUGGGGAUUGACUUCUGUGACUCGACACAAGCAGCAAACUUCCAGCUGUGCAGCCACACCAAGAAGUUCUUUGUGUCGAUCCAGCCACCUGUGGGAGAGCUGAUGAGGCCCGUGUUCCUCACAGAAAAUGAGUUUAAAAAGGAACAAGGUCAGCUGAUGGGUAUGAAUGAGAUCACGGAGAAGCUAACUCUGGACGUCAAGUGUCGGAAUGAACACGCCAUCGUCCAGAGAGUGACCACCGCCGCCAACCUCAGCAGAGUUCCCUGUGGGUCGGACAAAGAGUGCAGUCCUCCUGUUCCUCCUCCUGAUUAUCCUGUUCACAGGUUCGCCGGCAGGACGGUCACUAGCAGUAGCUUGGUGCUGGUCACAGUGGCAACCAGGGAAGAGGGUGCCGCUCAGCUGAUGGUCAACUGUGAGAAGAUGGUGAUCGGGACCAUGCUGGUCAAAGACAUCCUCUUGGCUCUGACGCAGUGAUGUGAAACAGCAAACUUACAUAUGUCCCCCAUAUUUCAGUUGCCUCCUUUAUUUUGUCCACAUUGCUUCUGCUCUCUGGCAAAGAAACAACGUGUUGAAAAUCUCCAAAUAUUUUAAAAAUCCAAACCAAACACAAUAAAAUCUGAUGACUCUCAGACUUAACAUUUA